UUCAAAGUACACACACAAAAAAUUGACCGAAUGUAGACGAGGGAAAAGCUUAAAAUUUUCCAAUUAAAAAUUUAUUAAUCGGCGCAAACAUUUAAAUUCAGCAAAGAGCAGUGAAAAUUACCAUUCUUUAACACGUUUAAAUAAAAGCAAGCAUUUUUAUCAAUAAAUAUACUGCGUUUCUGAAUAAAAUGAGUACAGUAGAUGCAAGUGGAGGAACUGGAGGAGGGGGCGCCCCUGGGCCGGGUGGUGGCAAUGUAGGGGGCGGAGGUGGUGUUGGAAGCGGGGGAGGCCCAGGUGGUGGCGGCGGUAGCGCAAAUAGUGGAGCCCUAAACUCCGUUGUGGCUGGCAUGGGUUCAACACAGGCGCCAACGGGAGAAGCUCAUAAAAACUUUAAACCCCAUUACAUAGUACAACCUAACCUCAAUCAUCAAUACCAACAACAAUAUCAACCAUCAGGGCGUCCAACAGCAUUCGCCAUUCAAUCACCAACAACAACAACUACAACGAUAUCAACAGCUACAUUUUCAAGCAAUCAAGAAUCACAUAACCAACAUUCCGAUUUACCCGAUCCCAACACAAUAACCUCAUAUUCUAAUUAUUUAUAUACUCCCCCUACCCAUCCGCCUGUACACACAACACAUUUGCUCCCCAGCGAUAUUCAUACAUAUCACCCCCCCAGUCAGUCACAGUCUCACAAUCAAACCCUUAAUAUAUAUGCUCCUAUGCAGUAUAAUAAAUCGCCACAUAUCCAACCAUAUUCUUUUGAUCCAGUUGCAGCUAAAAUUUCCCAUGUCAAGACAACACUGGAUGGUAAUCUGGUGAACACCAGCUCAACUAGUGGUAACAGCAUGCAAAUGGGCGGCGGCAACGUAAGUGGUGUUAGCACCAUAAUGACUAGUAGCAUUUCAACAGCUGGAGCCAUUAAAAUGACGACAGCCGGUGGAGCAAUAGCGACUUCUAUAGGAGGCACGCCAAUUGCACUUAAUGUAGCACAGUCGCCCACAGCUAUACGCACCAUUGGCGCAGGCGGUCAAUCGACGCAGGUGCGUGUUGUUAUGCCCACCAAUAUUAUACCAAUCAAGCAGUUUGAAGGAGCUGCCGGUAUCGGACGUACGCAGAUUACCGCCAUACCAGCGGGCGUAGCGGGUGCCACUUCUCGCACUGUUUCCAAUACAUCCAUAACAGUGACAAGACCGCUAACUCAAACCACCUACUUUCCACGUGCUAGCGUUAAUGCAACUCAGAUGACAGCCGUAGGCUCGGGACAAAGGCUUGUGACGCCAAUUCGCACUGGCCCGAAUCCUGUCUCAAUGAGUGGUGGUGCUACGGUAACCGGGCUAACAACAACUGGAGGAUUUGUACGGGGCACUGCUGCCACUAUGAACCGUAACACAUCAUCACCGGCUACAUCGGUUAUAUCGCCAGCGACUAGCACAACUUGGAUGCAAACAAACACGGGCGGACAAGUGCAACUCAUACGAUCGAUACCGCAGCAAACACAAAAGCGUAUUAUCACCGCGCAAGGUAUGACCACAAGUACUGGCUCCUAUGGCGGCGCCAACAUAGCUGGUGGAAUGGGUACAGCGGUGGGUGGUACAGUAGUCGCUGGUACACCGCCGUCAGUUGUCCAGACUGGUUGCGGCAACCAAACACAGAACCAAACGAGCGUACCAGGCGGACAAUCUACUGUACAAGCAGUUUCUUCAUCUGGCGUUUCGCAUAGUCAGCCGCAAUCACAACAGCAACAGACCUACGUUGCCACGUUGGCCACUGUGUUACCACCACGUCAGCAUCAAGCCACACUGGUUUACUCUUCAAAUGUAGCAGCCACUUCACAACCACUCACACAGCAGCCACAACAAUUUAACCCCUCCGUAGCUCCAGGCCAACGUCUUGCCGUUGCCACACAACUCUCAGCUUCAGCCACGUCCACCACUGGUACAGCUUCGCGUCAAAUACGCCCGAUACCAUUACCGAAAUCCUUUUCCGCAGCCAAACUAAAUACGACAAGCAUUAGUAUACGUUCUCCCAACAUGACAUCUACGCUUCAACAAGUUGGUAGUGGUGUUACAGGUGGCGGAGUAGGUUCUGUGGUUGCGUCGAGCAAUAUGACAACUACCAAUUCGUCACGCAAUACCACAAUGGGUGGUGUAACAACCGGUGUUGGCAACAAUGUUAUACCAACGGCGAAUCUGCCUACUACGCGUAUUAUACAAUUGCAACAACCAGCCGGUGGGGCGCAGCCUAUCAUUGGCUCGACUGGACGUAUAUCGGGGAAUGUGAUGUUCCAACCAAUCAUUGUGAACACUGGUAAACUAGUGUCUGGUAUACGCCAACCGGUCUCGAUGACUCCCAAACCUUCGCUUACUAUCACACCGUUCGGAUUGGGUAAGCUGCCCGCUGGCAAUGGUGGUAAUACUGCCCAGAUAGGUGUUAAUUUGGCACAGCAACAAAGCGUAAGCACCAGCAUACAAUCGUCCUUGGGUAGUAGCAGCAGUUUGAGCGCAAAUGUUGGUGGCGUUGCAGGUGGCAAUAAUUCAUCCGCCCUAUCUGCAAACACACCCACGUCGAGCAGCGGCGGUAGCGUCGCCAAUCUAUCAACCGCACAACUUGUGAAUGUGUCGCAGGCUGCAGCCGCCGCAGCGGCUGGACAGCUCUUAAGCACGCAAAAUAUCGUUUCGUCGGCAGCUGGAGCAGGCGCCACAGUCCUGCCACUGGCUAUAACAACUCGUGGCAGCACAGCUGGCAACAUACUCACUGGCACUAUUACACCGCUUAAGAAUGCCAGCGCCAUAACAGUGGGGAAAGUAAUGGCUACAGCUAAUGCAUCAAACUUGGAUGGCAGCGGCAGUGGUGCGAGUGGUGGCAGCAUUAUCACCAGCAGCGCCGGGCCACCGACAAAUGUUUACAUACAUCAAGCAGUGUCAGCGCAGCGUCAGCAUGGGUCUAGUGUAAGUGUAAGCGCCACCAAUUUACAUGCACCACCGACAGCCUCAAGCAGCAACACUACUGUGCUCACAACAACAGGAGGCGGUGGUAAUAUGUCCACCUCAGCGGGUGCUUUCUUGCCGCAAGGCGGCACAAUCUAUUAUGAAUCGGUACCGGCUAGCUCUGUGCAAGUAUCAACUGGAGUGCUUUCACUCAGCACCACUACUGUUACAAGUAGCGCUUUGCAACCAGCACAGAAUCAGUUAGCAAACGCAUCGUCGGCUACGAAUCUAGCAAUCUCGUCGUUGCCAUUUGUUGCUUCAGCAGCUUCGCAUACGGGAAAUUCAACGCCCACUUUUACAGUAGUGCCUUCAACAGGUGGGCGCUCUAUCGCCCAGUUGCAGAUACCAGUCUCCAGCGCCGCAGGUACCCAAAUUCAGUCAGUGCCAUUGCGUUUUAGCGCGCAGUUGGCAUCAGCAGCACAGGUCGGCGGCAAUGCAAGCUCCUCCAACACACUUACGGCCGAUGCCAUAUCCGUGUCACAAGCCACACAGCAAUUGUUGCAACAAAGUGGGGUUGCAGCUGGCCAGCAGUUGCUAAUACCCGCUUCAGCAGCGCAUCAAGCUGGUGCUGGCACGACUACAGCUACGCUUACUGGCACGCAAGGACAGCACGUUGUUAUACCACUGCAGACGUCGAUUAAAUUAACUGGCGGCAGCGCGGGAUCAGCCAUGGUGUCCAAUUUUCUACGCAAACGCGAUGCGGAUGGAUCCCCCAUACGAGCUGCGAAAAAUCUUGCACCAACAUUGCUAUCAAUGGGUGGUGGAGGUGGCGGUGGCGCGAUCUUAACGAGCGCGGCUGGCUCCCCGGCAGCUUCUUCUGUAGGUAGUAUUUUCAGCAUAACUUCUGUGGCAUCAUCAUCGGCUUCCUCAAUGAGUUCAGUACAAACUACGACAUCGUCUGCGCUUACAACAGAGGCUUUGGCUAAGAAAGAUCGCGCACAAGCAGCGGCCACUGGUAAUGUUAUUGGAGUGCAGAGAGCAGCACGUGGUGAGUCGCCUGUUUCAUCGGAUGGCUCCACAACGGUGUCGGCGAAUUCAUCACCCGGCGUUGAUCAGCAAAUACAGGAUGGUAAUAUGUUGAUGGGUAAUAAUAUGGGGCAAGGCGCAAACGAUGCAACACAUUUUAAUCCCAUAAAUGAGCUGUAUGCGAAUCACCAUGGGAACGUUAAUAUGCACCAAAAUGUGCUUAUGAGUGGAGGCGGCGACGGCACACCCAUCAGCUCACGCAACUCUUCGCUGGAUCAUCAUCAGCAAUUGCACGCACCGAUGGCGUCAAGCUCGGCUCGUCUCAAUGGUGGGCCACCCGAAUGUACGACGCGCAAAAAGUCCAGACGCUCAACGUAA